AUGUACAACUCUUCGAGAGUAUGGUCUCCUCCACCGCCAAGCUACCGUACGGUUCGGAAUGAAGAAGCAGGUCUUAGUGAUGAACGCACCCCGCUGAAGCCACUAGCUACACGUGGAAAGCGUUUGGCUACGCUCAAAGUCCUGGCAUUCAUCUUCGUCGUGGCACUUCUUGCCUUCCACCUCGUUAGUGACUAUACCAAUACCAACCGUACAGACGUCCAAGACCGUAUACGCCGUCGCGAGGAUAUGGAACGAGCAAAGAGAAUCGAAGGUGAGGAAUUACGGAGGAAGCUUGCGCAUCAGCAGGAGGAUAAGAAGAGGCGACUGGCCUAUGAGGAGGAGGACAAGAGGAGGAAAGUGGAGAGGGAGAGAGAAGAAAGGACAAUCCAGGCCAGACUGGUUGCUGUGGCCCGUAGAGAGGAUGCCGUCUGGGCUAAAGAGGAUGCAAUACUCGCUGACGAGGAGCGUAGGAAGCGCGCAGAGCUGGUAUGGUGGGAUUUGACGUCGGAGAAGCGAUGUUUGGGGUAUGAGAAGAGGAUGUAUCAUGCGGAACUGUUGAAUGUACCAGCCAGCGAGGAUGCUCAUGGCUGGUGCAUGAAGACAAGCAUCGAUAUCCACGGUAUCACAUAUGAUCAUCCAGAACUUUGCACCUCGGAACUGAUAGAUGGAGCUGUGAAGACCAUUGGGCAUUGGACUGUCAGCUCCAACGAGCCGACAUGUAAGACUUGGUGGGGGGAUCAUAAGAAGAAGGAUUGCUUUGGCGCUCAUAAACGGCGGGUUGAAGCAAAGUUGUUCAACCAUCAAGAGCCUUGGGACAACUGGGCUGAGAUGUGUUUCUCUACUCCGUCCGAGUUCGCCUGGCAGAAGUUUGACCACCCUGAUACGUGUGAGAAUAAGGGAAGGGAUGGUAUCGUAGGUAGCUGGUUUAUCGAGGUCGAUGAGAGCGAGUGUCCGUGA